AUGAAAUUGAAGAUUUCUACACCGGAAGAAAAAAAAAUAGAAAGUGAAUUAGCUGACCACCACCAGGAUGCUGACAAUACUUACAUUGAAAAAAGAAACGGCAAAAAUAUGGCGAAAGACGAUGAAAUAAUGCGAUGCUAUACAUUUGAUUUACAACAAUGUCUCCCUACGCCAAUGCUCAAUACAUCUGUUGCAUUUUACAAAUCGCACCUAUGGACCUACAAUUUAACCAUGCAUGAAGCCAGUACAGGUAACGUCACAUGUUACAUGUGGCAUGAAGCUGAAGGUACACCACAUGGAAUGUGA